AUGGACUUUCCUUCCACCACUUCCGAGUCAACCGAGUACAAAGCUCUCAAGUCAUACCUCGACGAUCAAGCCUCGACCGAAGACACAGUCAACAACUUCAUCUCCAACUCGGACUCGUCAUUCGCAGAAGACAAACUGCUACGUUCGUGGGAUGCAUUAGGCCUUACCGCCUCACAAACAUCCUCGGACUCGCCUGCUCAGGAGAAACUCGUUUCCUUCCUUACUGCUCUUCGCAAUUGCGACACGAAGGUCGGUGACGUAGACGGCAAGUCGGUCUCUUGGUCCACACUCCCACUCUUCGGUCGCCAGAUUCGCGAACACUGGAGAUACGAUGAGAGAGCCGCACAAGAAAACAAGGAAGUCGCGCUCCAGUGGGCAAACGCAAACGCCUUUGCCGCACGCGUCACAGCCACUGCCUCUGCAUUCGACAGCUCAGAUCCCCUCGACUUCUCGCUAUACGCAAUCUGGGCAUUGAGAGCAGCGUUGGAAGACAAAGACGACGUACCCGAAGCUACGGUGUAUGCAGCUGCAAUGUGGAUAUUGUAUGCUGGCGAAGUGUUGAGGAAACAGAGCAAAGACAAGAGAAGCUAUGAGGGCAAAGUCGCACAAGCAGGAAACAAGUAUCCGAACAAGGAAUGGACUGGGUUCGAGAUAGACAGGUGGAUGACUUGGAAAAACCGCUUUGCGAACAUCAGUGAGGUUUCGCCGUAUGCUGAGGUCAAGGACAUCGCGAAGAAGGUCAAGCACCGCUUUGGUGAUUUGGCGAACUGCUGA